AUGACUGCCCAACAACAAUACUACAAGUAUAAAACAUUUUCAAAAGAAGAAUGGAAUCAAUUAGUUUCAGAGCAAUCAUCAUUGAAUGACUUUAAUAUCUCAAAUUCCAACAAGUUUUAUCAUCUAUCAUCUCAUCCAAUCACUUCAUCAUCUUCCAUAUCAUUACUCCCUAAUACAUCCAACAGUAACACUCUAGUACCUCCUAGUACUUCUACAUCAAAUUCAUCUACUAAUAAUACAGGAACCUAUUCCAAAAAUAGAGAAAUAUCCAUGUCGAAAUUAUUACUAAAUUACUUCAUUUCCCUUGCUUAUGAAGAAUCAAGUAUUAGAAUGGCCAAAGAAUUAGGAUUUGUGAAAAAUAAUAAAGAUGCAAUAGAAUUUAAUCAAUUAUAUAAAAUCACUGAAAGACAUCGUAUAAUGAAAUUGAUUAAAUUAGGUCAGAUUUUAAAAGCUAUCAAUUUGAUUACGUCCGUCUUUGGUAUAUCUAUCCUAGAGAAUAGUACAGAACAACAACAAGAGGGUAAUGAUGGUGAUGAUUUACAUUUUAAUUUGUUACUUUUAAAUCUUAUUGAAAUGAUUCGUUCUAAUCAUCAAAGUAAGAAAUCUGCUGCUGCUGCUGAUGAUGAUGAUGAUGCUAAUAAUGAUUUUAUAUUGAAAUUGAUUCAAUAUUCAAAGGAAAAUUUGGCAAUUAAAGCUUCGACAAAUAAAUACCAUAUGGAACAAUUAGAAUUAGUAAUUACGUUAUUAUUGUUUCCUAAUGAUGAUGAAAGUAAUGAAAUAUUUUCCAAGAAAUUACCAAGACCUUUAAAGAAUUUGUAUUCUUUAUCAUUAAGGUCUAAAAUUGCAAAUUUACUCAAUAAGAAAUUAUUAAAUUGUAUUCAUUCGAACGUUUCAAAUCAAAAUAAAUUCCCUGAUUUAUUAAAUUUAAAACAAUUUAAUGAGUUUGGGAACGCAGCAAAUUCUAAUACAAGUAAUCAAAAUAAAAUAUUACUUGAUGAAGACAAUGAUUUAAUCACACAAUCAAAGAAUACUAGAAUGAAGAAUAGUAAGAAAAACUCACAUCGUCAUCACCAGCAUGAUCAUGAGGAUCGUAACGAUGAAGCUGAAAUAGAAAUUGAAGAGGAAGAAAAAGACGAUGAAACCAAAAAGGAAAAUACAGAUACAGUAAAUUCUUCAAUAUCAGGUAACAUAAUAGAGUCAAAUGACUUCCCGAGACAAAGUUCAUUAACGUCAAAUAAACUAUCCGAUUUCGAAAUUAAUGAUAAUUUGAAUGAUUCUAGUAGCAAUUAUUGGAAUGAAACGAAGAAAAUACUAAAACAAGAUGAUAAUAAUAUAUCAAAAGAUAUAGAUAGAAACAAAGUAGGAAACCAAGGCGCAUCAUCAUUAUCUUAUUCAUUAUCGUAUGAACCAAAUUUAAUACAAUUGAUCAAAUUGUGGGCUUGGUGUGAAAAUCAAUUACAUGCUAAUGAUAUCGGUGUUCCUCGUGUAGAGAAUUAA